UCUCGGCCCUGAUGCCGGCGGUGCCCUCCCGCCCUCCCCUCCGGAGCGCGCAGCCCAACUUUCCCCGCUUUCCCCUAUCCCUGCUGGCCCUCCCGCCGCUCCCCGCAGCCGCCCUCGGGAGGAGGAGGAGGCGGCGGCGGCGGCGGGGCCGUGCGGGCAGCCGGCGCUCCGUGCAUCCUCCGGCGGCGGCGGAGCCGAUCCGCGACAGGUCACCGGCGCUCGCCCCCACCUCCUCCUCCUCCUCCUCCCCCGGCUGGUGGCGGUGCUUUCCCCCUCCCUGCCAGCGGUACCCCGGAGCGGUGCUUCUCCUCCCGGGUCCUCCUUCCUCCCCUACCCCUGAGGCGCCUGACGCGCCGCCAGCAGAUUUCCUCCGGCUCCUCCCGGUGCUCCGACCGGGUGAAAGGCUGACAAUGCCAGAGAAAUUAGCAAGGUGGUUCUGUGAACUGGAGCUGGAAUUGAUGGUGUGAGAGAUAGGAAAAACUGACUGGUACAGCCCGUCUUCAUCGGGCUUAUUGACAGUACAUACAGAAUUAUAUCAUUUUUAUGUGUGUAUUUUGGAAGGGUCUUGGAAGGCUUUUAAGGUAUUGCAGAUGUUAUGAUUCAGAUGUGCUUGGUAAACUGCAGGUCUCCUACCUGUAAAAGGGUAGGAUCCGUAGCUUCUGACAAGACAGCAGGAGAAGUGGUGCACCCCCACGGGAGCAUGGAGUGUGGCAGCAGGUUACAACAUUAUGAAGCUCGCUCUGGUUGUGUUUGGCAUUGAUUUUAGUUUCACAAAAUGAGUUCACCUGAUAGCAAAUACAGCAGUUCUACAUGACUUUGAAAUACAAAAAUAAACAACAAAUAAAAAGAAAAUGUUAUGUCCACCUUUAAAAAAGACAAUCAGAAGUCCAGGGAACAAAAGACUAGUCCACCUCACCGCAGUCCCUGGGAAAACUUUGGCGCAAGCCUUUGUGAAGGCUUAGAUGAUGUUUGGGUGGGUAGUUAGAAGGGGCGUUCCUCAGGGGUUGAUACUGGGGCCAGCACUGUACAACAUCUUCACGGAUGCUCUCAGUGACAAGGUGGAAUGAAUGCAUUCUCAGCAAGUUCCCAGAUGACACCAAAUUGGGAGGGGCAGUCAAUAUGCUGGGAAGCUAAUUUGAGAGUGGAAAAGGAGGAAGGUCACAGAGUG